UUUGAAAAUAAUUUUUAAUUCAUCAAAAACAGUAAGUCAAAUGGAAAAGUAUUUCCCAGACGAAGGAGAGGAAAAUAGCGCGGUCAUGUCCAAAUUCAACGAGAAUUGUGAUAACCUAGUUGGAGAGAAUGGUACUACAAACUUGGAAUCGUCUCAGAAAAAGUCUGGAGAUGCCAGCAAAAUUUACAUUAGCGUCUCCUCGCUUGAAGAAAGCAAAGUUCCCCAGACUGAGAACUCGGAGCCUAUACAGAUAUCCACUGAUCAGUGAGACACCAGAGAUUCCCUUAGCAACUUGAACUUGAAGAUAUUAGACUCUGAAUCUGUUAUUCUUACCCAAAAUGGCCUCCUUGUUCAAUCAGAAAUACACAAGCUUAAGCAUAGUAAAAUCCUUGAAAGCAAGGAUAAACAAAUGAAUCAAAUAUCGAAGUCAAACACUGUACUAUCAAACAUCCUUCCGCAGUUGAUACAUUUUUCUAAAAGUAGUGAGUAUCAGGCCUUGUCUGACUGGGAAAAUAUUAUCGAAUCCCUCACUGAUUUACACUUGAGACGCUUGAAAAUCCACGAGAUAAACCAGAAGCAGUUCCCUGAUAAAUAACAAGGAUAGGUCAAAGUUCUUGAAUCGUAUCAGGGGCUACUCCAAAUAAGAUCCGUGAUAUGAAGGAUACUUACCUCAACGAGAACGCUAAUGAAAUUGCUAGCUUCAAAGACCCAUUGGACUCCUCUUAUCUUGACUUACGAGCCAAGCAAGACCUAUUUACCAAAUUUUCGAAGGAAUCCAAACUUAUGGAAAAAGAAUACAAAUUUUUGCAUAAAUAAGUAUCAACAGCUCGCCCAACAAACAGCAGCACUAAAAGUCAAAAAUGCUCAUCUAGAAUCAGAAGUAGAUUACCUAAAGUCACAGCAGUAUGUGGUCAGACCGUUCACAUAAAUUUUAACAUUUCCUUUUUCUGUUUAACCAAUUAUAC